AUGCUUCUACGUAUAGUCAAUUUAAUAUUUGUGCUCACUGUAAGUGAAACUGCAAAAAUACUAGGAGUGUUUCCAACGCCUUCUAUAAGCCAUCAAGUUGUGUUUCGUCCACUAAUGUUAGAACUUGUUAGGCGUGGACAUGAAGUUACAGUGAUAACAACAGAUCCGGCGUUUCCAAACGGCCAAGCUCCGCAAAACCUUACUGAAAUCAACGUGCACGAUAUUUCUUAUGAGCACGGGAAGGCUUUCGGAGAAAGGGGAAACGAGAAAGAUCCAAUAGAAUUUUACCGUUUUCUUACCGAUUUGCUUUUCAAUUUAGUUGUAAAGCAAUUAAAGUCUGCUGAAAUUCAAAAGCUACUUCGUGAUAAGAAUAAAUUUGACUUGUUAUUUGUGGAAUCCUGGAUACGAUCAGCUAUUGUAUAUUCACAUAUAUAUAAUGCGCCUGUUAUCGAAAUUAGCUCCUUGAGUGGUAUUUUUUUAGCAUACGAAGCAAUAGGAGCAGCAUCUCACCCUCUUAUUUAUCCUGAUGCAUUUCACAAAAAAAUUUAUAACUUAACGAUAUGGGACAAAAUUACAGAGUUGUACUUUCAUUACUCGACCAAGCAUAUUCUCGAAAAACAUGAAGAAACAGAAAAUAAAAUAUUAAGGACAAUUCUUGGUACAGACAUGCCAGAUUUGCAUGAUCUAAGGCAAAAUGUUCGCAUGAUGUUCGUAAAUGUACAUCCCAUUUGGGAUUUCAAUCGACCUGUUCCACCUAAUGUCUUGUAUUUAGGAUCCUUGCAUCAAAAUUCACAACGCGAGUUACCAGAGGAUUUGAAAUUAUACCUCGAUUCAUCGAACAAUGGAGUCAUAUACGUUAGUUUUGGGACAAAUGUUAAGCCAUCGAUGUUUCUACCGGAGACGUUGAAAAUAUUUAAUGAUGUAUUUUCUCAACUUCCUUAUGACGUUUUAUGGAAAUGGGACAAUAAUGAGCUUCCAGGGCGACCCAAGAAUGUCAAGAUUUCAAAAUGGCUACCUCAGGCUGACUUGUUAAGGCAUCCGAAAGUCAAGUUAUUUAUAACACAAGGGGGCUUACAGUCUACGGAUGAAGCUAUAACUGCUGGUGUGCCUCUUAUUGGUAUACCAAUGCUUGGAGAUCAAUGGUUUAAUGUUGAGCAAUACGUUAAAUUUAAUAUUGGAAAGGGACUUUUAACAGAAACACUGACCAAGGAACAACUAACGGAUGCUAUUAAAACUGUAAUAAACGAUGAAAGUUAUCGUAAAAAUAUUGCUAAGCUGCGUAGCUUUAUGAAUGAUCAACCACAAUCUUCACUGGAACGCGCAGUGUGGUGGACGGAACACGUUCUACGGCAUAGUGAUGUAGAAUACCGGCGUACUCCUGCAGCUAACAUACCUUGGACUGAGUAUUAUGAACUAAAAAUAGUGUUGUUGGUAUUAACUGCUUUAAUGACAUUAUUGUCAGUUACAGUGGAAAUACAGAAUUUGAAAGAAAACGCUUUAUACGCAUGA